AUGGUGGGUGGAGGUUUGGGUCAAGAGGCAGUGUCCCUAGAGCUCGGGGGUUGGAGGUUCAAGAAGUUUACAGCAAUUGGCAUUUACAUUGAAAGGUCAAUCAUCUCUCAUCUUGCUCUCACAUGGAAAGGGAAGACAGCCGAGGAGUUAAACAACAACUUGGGUUUUUUCAUGGACAUUGUUACCUGCCAAUAUCAAAAGUUUAUCAGGGUGUCCUUGACUGCCCUACUAACCGGGCCUCAAUUCUCAGAGAAGGUGAGCGAGAAUUGCCAAGCAUUCUGGGAAGCUGAAGGAACAUACGGCGAAGCCAAGGCCAAUGCGCUACAAGAAUUUAAAGCAGCAUUCAAGAACCAAAAUUUACCUCCUGGUUCUUCCAUCCUGCUUAUUUCUUCACCUACAGGCCUUGUGAUCGCAUUCAGCAAGGGUGAUUCAAUUCCUGAUAAAGUUACAGCAGUUAUAGAGAACAAGGCAGUUGGGGAAGCAUAUCUUGCCUCCGUUAUUGGGAAAAAUGGUGUUUCUCCUGCUGCCAAAGCAUCUUUAGCAGAACGUCUUUCUCAGCUGAUGUGA